AUUCAAUAUUCGUCUUCUGCAGUUCCGUUGAUCGUACCUACUUUGAAUUUUAAUAAUAAUACUUAUUGAAACGAACGGAACAACAUGAACUAUGUAAAAGGACGAUUGUGUGAUGGAUGUCAAACUUUUGUUUUACUAAAUAGCUCACACAAAUGUCGCAGUUCUUUACUCGAUCAGUUUGAAAUAGAAAGUUCCCCGUAUAAUUCGUCAGAAGAUACACCUACACCAAUAGAAUUAAACAAGUAUAAAUUGAUCAAGUCCAAGAAUGAUGAACCAACCUUAUUGUUAAGCAACAAUUUACCAACAGUUAAUAAGAAAUUACAAAAUAAUACAGUUUCUUUAGCAAUGAGUAGUGAUUUUAAUGAUAUGUCGGCUUCAAAUGUUAACUGUACAAAGUCAGAAGAUGGUGUUGCUAAACAAGAUAUGUCAAAACUUAUUGAAAUAAUUGAAACAUGUGCACCUCUAUGGAACUUUAAAUUAUCCCUCGGUGAAAGAUCUGAUGCUAUCAAGGCUAACUUAUGGAAUAGUGUAUAUGUACAGUUUAACGGAAAAUAUUCAAUUUCUGCAUUGCAAAAAAGUUGGAAGUACUUAAAAGAAAAGUAUACCAGAGAGAAAAAAAUUCCACCUUCUGGCAGUGCGGCUAGUAAAAAAGAAUGGCCUCAUUUACGCAGUUUACAGUUUUUAGAUGAAGUAGUAUUAUGUAAAAAACGCACUACGGAUAGUAUUCCUAGUACUUGCGAAAAGUUUGAUACAGAUGAACCACCAAAACGGAAAAAAAAAUUAUUAAUGGAAGAUCACAUGUCAAUGAUAAUUGACGAGUUAAAAAAUAGCAGGCCAAUUCCUCCAACUCCCCCAAAACCUGAAGAAAUAAAUGAAGAUAGAGAUUUUUGUUCAUAUUUGACAAGACUUAUGGUAGGUCUACCAAGAAAUGCUAAACUCAGAUUACAACACACAUUCAUUAACAUGGUAUUUGAACAAAUUGAAUAGAAAAAAUUUAAAAUGCCUACCAAAAAAAAACUUAUGUGAUUUAAUUUUGUUUUACUAUGAUUUAAAUUUAGUUUA